AUGGACGACAUUCCAAAGAUUUUGGAGCAUCUUAAUGACAUACACCAAAACGAAUACGAGCGUGACGAAAUUGUACAUUUUGGUGAAGAUUUAAGGAGCUUAAUCACAGAAUCCUCAAAAAGCUUCUAUUCAAUAAACCCAGAAAACAACAUGAUCAGCAGAGUCAAUAAUUUGCUUCAGAAACAAGGAUGCCACCAAGAACUGGACCUAUUCAGCAUGCUUGUAAAGAAUAUGAAUUCAGUCAAGCUAAAUGUGAAUAUCCCAACAACCAUGCUGAGGACUGACCAUAAUUUAUAUUUUAUUCAGUAUAAAAAAGACAAAAAAUCAGUCCAAGUCAGGGAAUGCACCAAAGAUGAAUUUUUCAACCUGACUACCACCAAAAAUGAUCCAGGAUUCCCAAGCUUCAUCUACAAAGUCCCAGAGAAAAAUAAAUUCGUCUUAUUUACCACAGAUAGCGCUAUCAAAACUUGAAAUCUCUCAGAAGAAGAUGCCCAAAUCCAGCACUUCGUACAAAGCAAAACAAAUCCAGCUACAAUUACAAGAGUUCUCUGGAGGCUCGGCAUGAAAACUAAAUAUUUUACCAUCACAAAUCGAAAAAAAGCUUUUGUGAGGUCAAAUAAAAAAUCUUCCACCCUUGUUUCAUCUCUUUCAGCCAAAAGGUGUAAAAUGAUGAAUAAUAUUUCCGGGUGCAGGCCAAAUGACUUUGCCUUUUUUGAUAGUGUCCAUUUCACCGAAAAAUUUUUGGCCGAAAAUUGAUCGAAAAUUUACACUUGACCGAAAAAAAAAACGUUAAUUUUCGGCCAAAUGUCGCAGUAUCAAAAAUUUCGACCAAAUGGCUUUCGAUAAAAUGUAAACUGUCAAAAAUCCACGGUCACUUGGCAUGGUGCCAAUAUUUCCUCCGAUUUUAAAUAUUCCAAUAUGAUUCUACCUACUUCACAAUCUGUAAAUAACCCUUUUAAAGGGCGAAUGGUGACUAAGUUAAAAACAUUAACAACCAUAAAGGAAGACCCCAAAGAUGAUGAAAAUAAAAUUUUCAAGACUUAUUCAACCACAUUAUUGCCUAAGGUAAAAGAUGAAAUUGAUAGUCCUUUAACAAUGGCAUCAGAAUUCAAUGCAAAAGAAAGGAAUAAAGAUUAUUUGGUUUUGACCAAAGAUAUUGAGAGCUGCUAUGCUAGUGAAAGCUAUAUGAAGAUUUUUGAAAUCGAGUACAUGGUGGAGCAGCUGAUAGAAUUUUUAAAUUCUGAAGCUUUUAAGUAUAGAGCAAUUAAAGGGAUUGUGCUUGAUUUUAUCAAAGAUAAAAGCAAUAACUGGUUUUUGUUAGACUGCAAAGAUUAUUGCACAGAGUGUCAUAUGAACUUGGAAUGCGACACUUCAAAGAAAAUUAGAGGAAAAUUAGAAAAAGAAAAAACCCUUGCAACUGCAAGUGAUAUUGUAGACUCGCCGAGUUUGUCUCAGCAAGAUCUAGAUCUUCCUACACCUUCAACUGAAGAUGUGAAAGCUGAGUCAGAAGGAGAAGCAGAAGUAGAAGACUAUGACCCUACGAGCGAAAUUACGGCCUGCCCUUUUAAAAUUAGGUCAAAACCUAAAAAAAUAGACUUUAAUGCUGUCACAGAAAAACAGUUUAUAGAAAGACUGAAUAAAGUCAAUGAAAAAAUAGACAGAAUUAAUCAACUGAAAACACCUACGUGUAUAACGCCUGUAAGCAAAGAAGAAAGUAUUAAAGAAUACUGCAAAUCUUUUCACUAUACUUUCACUGAAUUAAAUGGCUCAAAUGCUAAUUCACCUAACUCUUCACCCCUUUAGGUUGGAAUAAAAUAUUGAUUAAUUAUUAUUUUGAAUUGAAAAAAAAUUGAUAAAAAAUCAUCGUUGAAAUGGCAUUUAUCUUUAACAGGCUUUGAGCCUAUUAAAUGACUAAUUUUUAUAAAAUUAAAAAAAUUACCUAUAUUGUCUAUUUUGGUAUAUAAGUAGAACUUUAAAUCUUUUUAUUGAUUAUUCUUAAAAAGAUCUAAAUAUAACUUUUUUUUCUCCCUCUACAAUUGUAAUUUAAAGAAGAGAGUAAGCUAAAAUGCCCAAUGAACUUUGGGAAUAGCGAGCCAGAUACUUCUUCAAGCGAAGAUAAAGAUCUCAUUUAUACCAGAAAUGUUGUAAUGGCUGGAGUUGAUAAUUAUGACGAAAUGGCCAUGAAUAUAAAAAUUUCUAAAAUCAAGCAGCAAGAUAUUGUAAAGAAAUACGGCGGAAAAGAUUUUUGGAGCAAAUUUAUCGUGUCUCUUUACAAUAAAAUUCUUGCUACACCUUUACUAAAUAGGCACUUUGCAUCAUCCACUAUUGAAAGUUUUGAAAAAAUUGUAGAAGGGAUGUUCAAGAUAGUUUCAGCUAAAAUUAAUUUGGAAUUAAGAAGAAAAUUAAAGCAGUCCCACCAUGUGAAAGGAAUCACAUAUGAAGAAUUUAAUUGCUAUACUGACCUAUUUGAGCUCACUUUGACUGAGUUUAAUGUCGAUGAAGAAGAUAAAGCUGGAAUUAUGUCAGAAGUCAAACUAAUGAAGAGCCUUAUAUGUAGAAAGCCGUCGUAA